UGUAUUCGCGAUUGACAUGCUGUGAUAGAAAUCCAUUUUUAUUAGUGAAAUCGGUUAGAAGAUGGCACCGAAAAAAAAUUAUACCCCAGAACAAAUGGGGCGGGCAAUAGAAGCGGUAAGGAAAGGCGAAAAGAUAGCUGUAGCUGCAAAACAAUAUGGUGUACCCCGAAUUACGCUUCAUGACAAAAUUACAGGGAAAACCACAUUUGGUUGUUCCAUGGGACCAACAACUAUCCUAUCAAAACUGCAAGAAGAUAUUUUAGAAAGGUGGAUAUUAGCGAUGGCUGAUAAGCACUGUCCCGUAACAAGAGAAUGCUUAUUAGACAGUGUGCAGAAAAUCAUCACUGACCUAAACAUACCCAAUCCAUUCACCAACAAUAGACCGGGAAAAAAAUGGUUUUCUUCUUUCUUAAAGAGACGCCCAGAUCUAACAGAAAAAGUUGCCGAAAAUUUGUCAAAGGCUCGUGAUAAUGUAUCGGAAGAAAACAUCAAAAUGUGGUUCGCAGAAAUAAAGACUUACCUUGAAGACAAUGAUCUGAUAGACAUUGUUCAUGACCCAAAUAGAUGUUUUAACGCAGACGAAACUGCUUUUUUUUUGUCACCGAAGAAAGGCCGAGUACUUGCUAAAAAAGGUGAGAAGCAUCUGUACAGCUCGAGUGGCGAUGACAAAGAAAAUCUCACGGUUUUGUUUACCGGUAAUGCUGCCGGGUUACUAGCCCCACCGAUGAUAGUUUUCGCCUAUGAGAGAAUUCCCAGAUACAUCUCUGAAUCUGUUGAUGAAACUUGGGGUAUUGGCAAAUCGGAAACAGGCUGGAUGUGUAGUAACACGUUUUACGAAUAUAUGACGAAUAUAUUUAACCCCUGGCUAGAAGAAAAAGGAAUAAAAAAGCCUAUUUUAUUCUUCAUAGAUGGUCACAGAUCUCAUCUGACUCUUCAUUUAUCUAAUUAUUGCUCAGAAAACGGGAUAGAACUUAUUGCCCUAUAUCCGAAUUCAACACAUAUUUUACAACCCAUGGAUCUCGCUGUUUUCAGACCGCUAAAACAGUUUUGGAAAAAUGCCGUUUACGAAUGGAAGAUGGAAAAUUUAGGACAGAACAUCAGAAAAGAGAACUUCGCGCCAGUUUUAAAAAGAGCUAUUGAAAAAUUGACGCCUGAUUGUCUCAAAAAUGGAUUUAGAGCUGGAGGAAUAUGCCCCUUUGGACCAGAAUACAUAGAUAUGUCCAAAAUCAAACAGCGAGAGAAAGUUUCGGACUGUUCAGGUAAACCGGCAUCAACAGAGUUUUUGAAGUGCUUAGAAAAAGAGAUUGUCAAAGUGUUUACCGCGGAAAAACUGAGUUUAUUCAAUAAAUUUUACUACGAAGACAGAAAAACGGUCGAGAAUAAUCUGCCAGAAGAAGACACAGCCUUGUACAUCAUAUGGUCUAAAAAUAAGCACGACUGCGAAAAUGAUUUUGAAGCUAAUUCAGUGACACCUGCGAUUGAGCUAAUUAACGAUAGCGACCUCGAAACUACUCUAAAUUCUGAAACUACAUCGGCACCCACAACUUGCGCACCACCACAACUGUCAAUUGGUAAGCCUAUCAACGCAACAAUGCCAAUAAAUGACCCUACUAGUGGUUCAUAUGUCAAUGUAGAAAACUCCAGAAUAUCUCAAAGUGUUUCAGAAGGUACGUCACAUCCCACAAUCAAUGAACCACCAUCUUCUGAGUCUACUAAUGUUAUGCCUAUUGUUGUCGAAAACUCCAGCACUUCUCAGAAUAAUUCUAAAUCACCAUUGGCUUCAAACACACUUGCUGAAACCACAGCAGCUCCCUUGAUGACGACACUGCCAAAAAGUGACCCUACUAGAGAUUCAUCUGUUGAUGUUGAAAACGGCGGACCAUCUCAAAAUAUUUCACAAAUUAAAUCACGUCCCACAAUCGGGGAACCACCAAGGCAAAUAACUUCUGAAACUGGUAAUGUUAUGCUUGUUGAUGUCGAAGCCUCCAGCUCUUUCCCGAACAUUUCUGAAACACUAUCGGCUUCUAACAUACUGUCUAAAAAUGAUACAUACACACCAAAAAAACAGACAAUAGAUGAUACCUUGGGAGUCAAAGUUCCAACACCUUUCAAAAAGUUUUUGUUUUGGCCAGAAGGUGAAAACAGAACGAAAAAAAGAAUUAAGAGGGAAAAAAUUCCAUCAGCAGUUACAAGCAAAGCAUGGCGAGAGUAUCACGAACAUAAAGAAAAACAGAAAAAAAAGGAACAAGAAGAAAAAGAAGAGAAGGCUAAAAGAAAACAGGAAAAUAAAAUGUUGAAAGAGAUGGCUGCUGAAGAAAAAAGAAAAAAACGUAAUUUGAAACAAAAAAGAAAAACUCAAGUUAAAUCGUCCUCUGAUGAGUCAAAUUUCGAAAUUGAAUACGCUGAAAGUGGUGACAGCUAUGUAGAAGAUGAAGAUGGUGAGUCUGAAGCAGACUAUCAAAGAUUAACUAGUCAAUACGAUCAAAAAUCGAAUGGACAUCUGUCUAAAGGACUAUCAAAACGAAGAAGAACACGAUCACGUGAAUGUGAUACUGAUUCAGACAUGGAUGUUCCAUUGAAUACAUUAUCUUCAAAGAAAAUUCGAAGAACAGGACAAAAAAAAUAUAUUAGUAAAGGGUGUUACGUUAUAGUUAUGUACGAAAAUGAAUAUUUUCCUGGCAAAGUAGAAGAUGAAAACAAAAAUCAGUAUGAAGUGAGCACAAUGGUUUUAUCAACAGGGAAUACUUUUAGAUGGCCGGAAAAAACAGAUAAAAUUUGGUAUAACAUAAAUCAAGUAAUUGAAAAAAUUAAUGAGCCUAUUUGCCUUAAUAAAAGAGGGUUUUACAAGAUACCGGAAAUGGAAAAGUAUUUGCCCGACAUAUACAACUAAAUACUAUGGUCGGGCUUGCUUUUAUGACACGAAGAAAUUUUUUAUGUCCUCUUGAUUUCUUUAUAAGCGUUACUUAUAACUUUUUUGUGACUGAUUAUGAUUUGUUGCAUAGUUUUCGAUUUAUCUUAAUUUAAAAUUUAUGACUGAUUAGUAGGUACAAGUAGUUAUUAUAAGUCUAACGUUCCUCUUUGUAAUAAUAUUUGAUCUCUAAAAGUUCAGGUUUGUGUUUGUUAAAUAUUUAUUUUUAGAUUAAUGUUGCCUUAUGUUGACAGCUACCUGGUUAGGUGGCUUGGUUUUUUUGAUAUCUUUAUUUGUAUUGAUACUGGUUUUUAAAAAACACCAGUAUUGGUUUUUAUUUAAUUAUAAUAAAUUUAAGACUGAUACUCGUUCAAAGUGAUAGUAAGCUUGA